AUGAAGGUUUGCGAUGAUCCACGGCACCUUUGGGCCCAUGUGAUGCGGGCAUUGGAUUGCAAGCUCCGCAAAUCGCAAAAAGCUCAAGCUCUCCCGCAAGACCCCCGACAGCGUCUUCAACUGAAAUUCGAAUACGUCAACCUCUCUCAACAAAACUUCAUUUCGGAUAUAAUCUUCCAUCGCCAAUUGCGCACAGUUUCAGGCCUUCAAAUGGCUUCUCCAGUUCCCGACCAUGGACCUGGGCACCAGUUCCCACUCGAUCCCUCCGAAUUCGACAGCGACCACCGGGUUUCGUUCUCGAAGCUUGAUAACAAGUUCAUACUCGAGACGGAUGAUGGACAGGAGUUUGUUUUUGAUAAUGCCCUGAAGCGAUGGGUGCAGACGGUCGAUGAAGAUUUACUCCGCCAGCAACAAGAAGCAUACAAGGUUGCAGGGAUGGAUGAGGAAGACGAAGAGAUUCACCCUCGCGACCGGAAGAAGCGCAAGCAGCAGGAUGACGAAACUACUCAAAAGCCCAAGAAACAGCGCGUAAACACCGCGUUAUUCAUAUCCUCUAUCCCUCUCGAUGUCCAACUGGAAGAGAUCAGAGAAGUCUUCUCCAAAUGCGGUGUCAUUGCCGAGGAAAUCGACAGCGGUCGCCCACGAAUUAAAAUGUACAUGGAUGACGAUGGAAAUUUCAAGGGCGAAGCACUGGUCGUGUAUUUCCGCCCUGAAUCGGUUAACCUGGCCAUUCAGAUGCUUGAUGAGACUGAAUUCCGACUGGGCCAGCCAGGUCCACAGGGGCCUAUGAAGAUCCAGGCUGCCGACUUUUCGUACAAGGCUCAGCAGGACGCACCGCCAAAGACAAAUAUGCGGGAUAAAAAGAAGAUCAUUGCGCGGACAGCAAGGCUUAACAGUAAAUUGGCGGACUGGGACGAUGAUGAUCCCUCAGCUAUUCCAGAAACGAAGUCCAAACAGGACAAAAUCGUAAUUUUGAAGCACAUGUUUACUUUGGAGGAGUUGCAGGAGGACGUCGCUGCCAUCCUGGAUAUCAAGGAAGAUAUUCGUGACGAGUGUGCCAAAGUUGGCGAAGUCACCAACGUUGUGCUCUACGACAAGGAGCCUGAGGGUGUUGUCAGUGUCCGGUUCGCCGAUCCCGAAUCCGCCCGGGAGUGUGUUAAAGUCAUGGACGGGCGAUUCUUUGGUGGCACCCGCGUUGAAGCUUAUGUGUCUGAGGGACGCGAGAAAUUUAAAAAGACCAAUGAGCGACGUGCAGCCCUCGAGGAGAUGGCUGAGCACGGUAUUCAUGCGGAUAACGAAGAAGAGGAACAGCGCCUGGAUGAGUUCGGGAACUGGUUGGAGAAGGAGAAGGCGAAGGAGGUCCCUAAGCCUGAGACCACCGAGCCGACCGAGACGAAGGAGUAA